AGGCAGGGUGUAUCGUAGCCUCGUGGCUCGACCCGAUCCGAGUCGGCGCUUGCGCUAUCAUCGGAUCCGUGGGCUCGCUCAGCCUCCGAGUCGCUGCUGCUGCUCGCACCGUCGUGUCUGUCCUCCAGUUACCCUCGUCUGCUCGAGCCAGAGUCGCCACUGCUUUCAGUUCGGACGCAACAGAACACGACUUCUCCUCCUCCUAUGUCUGAGAACUCUGACCCACCAGAGACAUCCAUGAAUCGCGUUAUACCCCUUAGGCCUGGACGGUUCACCACUAGAUGGCUGGUCUCGAAUUGGAACGAGGCUCCGCCGACGAACAUCACCGUAACGCCGCCGCCUUCCAUGCAUUUGGUCUCUUGGAACGUCGACUUCAUGGCCCCCAACGCCAAUGCCAGGCUACAGCAUGCUUUGGAUCACAUCCGCACUACUCUCGAGCAGCAGGGCGGUGGAUCGGAUGGCUCGCUCGUCCCCUGUUGUGUCCUCCUUCAGGAGGUCGAGGGCAAUGCGACUCCUAUCAUUCUCAAGUCCAAGUGGGUGCGUGAGCACUUUGUUGUCGUUCCCACCUCUCCCAGUCAAUGGCCAAGCACUCGAUAUGGCAACGUCACGCUCGUCUCGAAUACUGUGCCUAUAGUGGGGGCGCAAUCACUGGUCUUCGCGAACUCCUUCAUGGGGAGAAAUGCUCUUUGCGUCGACGUGCAGCUGGCACGUCCAGGAGAAGAAGAAUCGGCGCUGUUGCGAAUAGCCAACGUACACCUCGAAUCUAUGCCGGAGGGCACGUCGAGACGUCCAGCCCAGUUGUCGGCUACUGCGGAGCUGCUCAGAGAUCCCAGCGUGCAGGCGGGGGUCGUGGCUGGGGACAUGAAUCCCAUCGAUCCACGCGAUGCCAACCUCCCUGCGGAGGUUGGGUUGACGGACGCAUAUCAGGGUGCCGAAGAUGACGAGGCGAGUUUCACAUGGGGAUAUCAGCCGCGCAAUCGCUUCCCCGUGUGUCGUAUGGACAAGAUUCUCUACACCAAGCAUUUGUCGCUAGUGGUAGACGCGCCGAGCAGGAUAGGCGUCGGGGUUAAGACGUCGAAGGGACAGUGGGCGAGCGAUCAUUACGGUCUCAUGACGAUCGUGAAGUUCCGCGAGCAAUAACCGGGCCACGGGCGACAACCUACGUCUGUACUUGGUCCUUCGGAACAGUCGUUGUUUCCCCCUCAUUUGUGUAGUAUUUCUAUAUGGGCAUGGGCAUUCCUACUGUCAAAUGUCGCGAUUAU